AAAUUUGAAUCGAGGAGGCAACACUUGAUUCCCUUUCUUUUCCUAAAUCAUCAUCGCUUCCAACUCAUUCAAGUGAUACUUCACCGCUUCUUCCACUUUCAAUUUCACUUCCCAAAACCCUAGAAUCCGAAACUUUAUAUUCCUUUGAAUCUCUUUUUUUCCCUCCCAAAUUGAAAUUCCGAAGUUCAAAUUCAUCAUCCACAACAAUGGGAGAUUCUCCUCAUAACAGAAACUUGAUCAAACAACACCAGCUUCGUAUAUACGAACAAUCACAAUCGUACCUUCGUGAACAGAACCUUUCACUACUCCGCAAAUUGAAUCAGAAAGAGAAACUCCUUCAACGCCACAAGUCUGAACCGGAUAUGAAUGCACGAGCUUUGAAGAAGUUUGAAUUGGAGAAUCAGAAACUUGCUUCCGCGUGUCAGGAAUUGUUGGAUAAAGGGAAUAAUUUGGAAAAGGAAAUUGCUUUGUAUGAACAUGAUAGGGAAGCGUUGAUGGAAUUUGGGAAUGAAGCUGAUGAACGGGAACAACAGGCGAGAUCCAGUGUUUUGGAAUUGGAAAGGAAUUUGCAAUUGGUUAUGGAUGAAUUGAAAAAUUAUAAGCAUCAAAAGGAUUUAAAGGCCGGUUCUUCUUCUACCUGCACAGCUGUGGAAAAGAAUUUACUUGACUCUCUUUUGGAAACACUUCCUAGUAAAGAUGAUGAUUCUACACAUGCAUUUUUGAAAGCAAAUCUUGAAAAUGAGUCAUGUAAAAGGCUGCUGAGCAUGUGGAACUGCCUAAAGCCAUCAACUCAUAGAGUUUUGUCUCUAGUUUCCAAAAUCAAGUCACUUCAAAAAGAUAAGGAGCAUCUAAGAAUUAACCUUCACAAAGCUGAGGAGGAGGUCAAAUUACUGUUUGAUGAAAACAGCAUAUUGGACAAGGAGAACAAACGGCUAUUGAAGAAAUACAAGGAAAGGAACCACCCUAGUUCUGGCGAGAAACAUACCAGUAGCCAGUCUGCCAAGUCAAACAAGAGAAAGUCUAGUCCGAGAACAAAUAGCCCAGUGGAGCAGAAAGUUAGGAACGACUCUAAUUCGAGCGAGAAACAUACUACCAGCCCAUCUGCCAAGUCAAGCAAAACAAAGUGUAGUCCUCGAACAAGUAGAAGUAGCGCAGUGGAGAGGAAGAUUGAUUUUGACGAUAUAGAUUCAGCAAGACAACCAUUAUCACCCUUAGCAAAUAACUCCCCAGACUGUAGAAUACAUAAGAAAUAAUGUGAGAUUACGUAUAUAUGAGUUUGCUCAAUUCUCCAGUAUUGAUUCCCAUUGACAUGUGGUUGAUUGCUCUUAGUUUACAUAUAUAUUGUUAAGAAUCUAUAUCGAUCAAGCUUUUAUGGAAUGGGAGCAACUCAGUCCUACAAGUAACAUGUCUAUUUGUUUCUGAAAAAAAGUUUAUUUUUAGUGAAGUUCUUUAUUGUUUGUUUUGAACAAGAAACUUUGUUUUUACAGUUCAAUGAUGGCACUUUGGCCUUAUUUUUC